AGAAGGAAAAGAGCGAAGGGGAGGAGGAAGCGGCGCGCGGUGGCGGCGGCGGCGGCGGCUGCCGGCGGGCGGGCGGGCGAGGAGCGAGGCGGCAGGCGGCCGAGCCGGAUUCGCUCUCGCCCGCGGAGCAGCUGCGCGAGCGGCGGGCCGAGCCGAGGGCCGGGGUGCGCCCGAGCCGGGGCCCCGGCGUGCGGCCGGCUGGCCGGGCGGGCUGGCGGCAUGGGGGAGCCUCCCGCUUGCCCUGCGCCCUAGCGGCGGCCGCGGCGGCCCAGGGCUGAGGCGAAAGGCGGCCGCCUGCCGGAGGGCCCCGGGGCUGCCGGGCUCCCAGAGCAUGUGAUGGCUGCUGAGAAGAGACUGCAAGAAUACGGGGUACUUUGCAUUCAGGAAUACAGAAAAAACAGCAAAGUGGAGUCAAGUACACGUAACAGCUUCAUGGGCUUGAAGGAUCACCUGGGGCAUGACCUCGGCCACCUAUAUGUGGAGAGCACUGACCCACAGUUAAGUGCAGCUGUACCUUGGCCAAUGGUAGAAAAACCAACAAUGGAUACAGUUAAUGCCGGGAAGGAGGAAAAAGAGGUAUCUGAAGAAAAUGUGAGCUCUGGUGACUCUGAAGAAAGCACAAAUUCUGAUCAUGAGUCAGAACAAUUGAGUAGCAUUUCAGUAGAGCCAUGCUUAUUAACCAAGACUCACAGACAAUUAUGUAGGUCUCCCUGCUUAGAGCCUCACCUACUCAAACACAAUGAAAUUUUGCAAGACUUUAAACCUGAAGAGUCCCAGACUCCAUCCAAGGAAGUGAAGAAACCCCCUGAUGUGGUACGAGAAUACCAAACAAAACUGGAGUUUGCACUUAAGUUGGGUUAUUCUGAAGAACAGGUUCAGCUUGUGUUAAACAAACUUGGUACUGAUGCUUUAAUCAAUGAUAUUUUGGGAGAACUUGUCAAACUUGGAAAUAAAAGUGAGGCUGAUCAAACAGUUAGUACAAUUAACAGUAUAAUGCGGGAAACGUCUUCCCUGGAAUCUCAGCGGUCUGAAUCGCCAAUGCAAGAGAUUGUAACAGAUGAUGGUGAAAAUCUAAGACCAAUAGUUAUUGAUGGCAGCAUGUGGAAAAUGCCUCAGUUAGCAACUGAUGAAAAAUCAACGGGAGACUUAUCCAAUAGCCGCAGCGCAACUUCUCCCCAGAUCACCUCCUGCAGAAAGAUUUCACUGUCAUCAGUAGUGACUCACAAUGAGUUUGAAAGACAUGAAGAGCUGCCAGAGGUGUUGAAGGACAUGGUUGACUUCCUGCAGCCAUGGCACAGCCAUAUGAGGGGGACCAGUCAUGCCUGGUCUUCUAGACAGGCAGCCAACAAGAAGCAACACAGCAGCCAGUACACAUUCUCACUUGAAGAGCUCCAUGGAAACAAAGAAGUAUUUUCCUGCAGAGGAAUAAAGUUGGCAGUGGAUUGGUUUUUGGAAAGAGGCCAUAAAGAUGUUACAGUUUUUGUUCCUGCUUGGAGAAAAGAGCAAUCUCGACCUGAUGCUCUCAUUACAGAUCAGGAAAUUUUACGCAAAUUGGAAAAGGAGAAAAUCCUGGUCUUCACACCAUCCCGGCGAGUCCAGGGGAGGCGAGUGGUGUGCUAUGAUGACAGGUUCAUCGUGAAGCUGGCUUUUGAGUCAGAUGGUAUAAUUGUGUCCAAUGAUAACUACAGGGAUUUGGCUAAUGAAAAACCAGAAUGGAAGAAGUUCAUAGAUGAGCGGUUAUUAAUGUAUUCCUUUGUCAAUGACAAAUUUAUGCCUCCUGAUGACCCUCUUGGCAGACAUGGCCCAAGUCUGGAUAAUUUUCUGAGGAAGAAACCUAUUGUUCCUGAACACAAAAAGCAGCCUUGUCCAUAUGGAAAGAAGUGUACCUAUGGACACAAGUGCAAAUAUUACCAUCCUGAAAGGGGCAGUCAGCCUCAGCGGUCAGUGGCUGAUGAACUUCGUGCCAUGUCUAGAAAUACAGCAGCCAAAACUGCAAAUGAAGGAGGACUGGUGAAAAGCAACAGCGUUCCUUGUAGCACAAAGGCUGAUAGCACUUCUGAUGUCAAGCGAGGUGCUCCAAAGAGGCAAUCAGAUCCAAGCAUAAGGACUCAAGUCUACCAAGACCUAGAAGAAAAGCUUCCCACCAAAAACAAAUUGGAAACCAGGUCUGUACCUUCCUUAGUUAGUAUACCGGCUACUUCUACUGCAAAACCCCAAAGCACUACAUCUUUAAGCAAUGGCCUUCCAUCUGGAGUUCAUUUCCCACCUCAGGAUCAAAGACCACAGGGACAAUAUCCUCCAAUGAUGAUGGCAACCAAAAAUCAUGGAACGCCAAUGCCUUACGAACAGUAUCCAAAAUGUGACUCACCUGUUGACAUUGGAUAUUAUUCCAUGUUAAAUGCAUAUUCAAAUCUGAGUAUCUCAGGCCCAAGAAGUCCUGAAAGGCGUUUCUCAUUAGACACAGACUAUAGAAUAAGUUCUGUAGCUUCUGACUGCAGCAGUGAAGGGAGCAUGAGCUGUGGGAGCAGUGACUCCUAUGUGGGGUACAGUGACCGAUCCUAUGUCAGUUCUCCUGACCCCCAGCUGGAAGAGAAUUUGAAGUGUCAACACAUGCACCCUCACAGCCGCCUUAAUUCCCAACCCUUCCUGCAGAAUUUCCAUGACCCCUUAACCAGAGUGCAAAGUUACAGUCAUGAAGAACCAAAGUUCCAUCACAAGCCUCCUCUUCCACACUUGGCUAUGCAUCUGCAGCACCCUGCUGUGGGUGCCCGGUCCAGCUGUCCUGGUGAUUACCCCUCUCCUCCAAAUUCAGCACACUCUAAGCCACCACACCUAGGGAGGUCAUUAGUGGCUACCAGAAUAGACAGCAUUUCUGAUUCCCGACUCUAUGACAGUUCUCCUUCAAGACAAAGAAAGCCUUACUCCCGUCAGGAAGGGUUGGGAAGCUGGGAGAGGCCAAGUUUUGGAAUGGAUGCCUAUGGGUAUCGGCAGACUUACUCCUUGCCUGAUAACUCCACACCACCGUGUUACGAGCAGUUCACCUUCCAGAGCCUACCUGAACAGCAGGAGCCCACCUGGCGAAUACCAUACUGUGGAAUACCACAAGAUCCUCCAAGGUACCAAGACAGCCGGGAAAAGAUUUAUAUCAACUUGUGCAACAUCUUCCCACCUGACCUUGUGAGAAUUGUCAUGAAAAGGAAUCCUCACAUGACAGAUGCCCAGCAGCUUGCUGCAGCCAUUUUAGUGGAGAAAUCACAGCUGGGUUAUUGAAAGAUGAUGCAUCAUUGUGGUGUUUAGUAGUUUUUUGUUCAGCUCAAAUGCUGAGGGAGGUUUGCUACAAUAGCACAUGUGAUCUCCUUCUCAGCAAGGAGGUUAUAUAGUAUCCAUUUAUGUGAAAUACUGUAUCAUGGAAUCUGUAUGUAUAGCCCCACUUGGUGGAAAUAUCACGGGAUUGCUUUACAUUCAAACUUUUUUUUAAACAUUUCCUUUUUAAAGCUAUAUCCUUGACUGGAAAUUUUUCCAGUUUGAUUUAAUAGAUGUAUCUGUGAUCUUUGAUAUUAAUCUUUGGUGCAUCAGGGGUUUAUAUGCAGCACUUUUUAUCUUUGUUUCAUGUUUUAUUAACUUGGUGUUUAUCUAUCAAUCGCAAGCAAUUACAAUACCUUCAGAAUGUGGAAACUUUGACUAGACCUAGCAAACUAUUUUUUCAAGCCAAGCUUAAUUAGAAUCUUUUACAGCUUUUUAAGUUAUUUUUAUUUGGGGAAAGUGGGCUUCUUUGUGCUAUAAUCAUUAUUUAUAGAAACAAAGAUAUACUACAGCACUGACUUUAUAUUUUAAACAAAAUGUAAGUUACCAGUUUAUGUUGAAAAGGGUAAUAGUAUAUAUUAGAAUGAUUUACAAUAUGGCACUUUUCCUUGUUGUAUUUUUGUUUGGAUUUUUUCUGUUAAGAAAUUAGUUAACUUAAUAUGGUCAGUUUAAAAGAAAGCAGAUGCAAUCAAUGGAAAAAAUCAUUUCCAUUUUUUUAUUUUAUUUUUGUAUGAAUAAGGCAAAAGCCGUAACUGUUACAGGUUAGAGCUUUGUUAUCCAGCUAUGAUGUGCUUCUGGACAGUAGGAAUGGAAUUGAAUUCCUAUAUUUCAAUUAACCUGUAUUUUUAAUGUUUGUUUAUUUGUUUUGGGGGCACAACAAUACUGGAUAAAUUACCCUUUCACAGUACUUGCCUGUUUUUAAUGAAUCUAAUUAUUCUCAAUGCAACUUUUAUAUUUAAUAUACUCUAGCUUUCCUGCUAUUUAUCAAGGCUGGCCUGAGGUGGUUUUAUGUAUUGAGGAUAUGCAACAGUUAUUGAUACUGCACUAUAGAAAUGGUGAUGGAGGAGUUGUAAAUGAUAACUUAAAAUUUUUGUAAGAUACUGUAUAUUUUCCAUUUUCCUGAAGGUAGUUUUUUUGGGGGGCCUGUUAUAUUAUUAAGGCCAGACUCUUGCCACAAAUAGUGUAGUUUUAGAUACAGACUAAAGUCUGUUCUAGUAUUAGUAAGGGAUAUUUCUGGUUUCAAAGUCAUGGGUUUUGCUUGUUGUUUCUAUGGGCUAGAAGACAGAUUUUGCAGUCAGUGGCAGGCAGUCAUGUGAUUGAUAUAACCUGACUGUUCCCUCCAGAUUCUGAAUUUUACUUAAUGUAACAGACACAUUCAGAUCUGUUUCUACAGUCUGCCUGGAUGCUCUGGUCAUUGGGAUUAUUCUACAUGCUACAGUUUGAAGUAAAGCCCUGAAAAACCAGAAAGUACCUUUUACUGUUGAUACAAAUUGUAUCUUUUUAACUAUAAGAACUAUUUUGAUUUGUAGAUCUAGUUAAAAACACAAAUGUGUAACUAUGAUUAGACUUUUGGGCAACAUUUUAUCCCUUAUUUAAAUACAAAUUUUUAAAGUAAAAUUGAGGUCUAGAAUAGGGUAGAAAAUAAAAGUAAUGAUUUAGGUAAAUAAAAGUGUCUGUCUUAGUUUUAUAUAAUAUAUUAAAAUAUAUUAAAUAAAUUUAUUGGCAUUUUCUUUCUCCUAAAACUUAUAUAGUCUGAACUUAAAAUAAAGGUAAAAUGCUGCCUGAAAAUAAUGUCCAAGCAUCUUUGACUAGGAUAACAUUUUCACUACUUGUGUGACACUGUGUGUUGCAUGAAGUAGGAUUUGGGUAUACAGUAAAUGCUUCUAAAAGGCAUUGUGCAUUAUUGACAUAUCCAAUAAUCUGAACCAUGUUCAGCAAACUUAAUUCAGGAAAGUGAUGUUCUACACAAUUAUUGCUGUUGUGUUUGAAGUGAGUGUGGCAUGCAUCUGUACCCAGACACCACACAGACCAUUUUGAGUGGUGUCUGAGCAAUCCGUACUCACUUGUGAAGUUGUUCUCCUUAAUUUUGUCAGUCAUUCUCUACAGACAAGUUUAAAUACAGAGGCUAAAUGAGUGCCAAAAGUAGGGUUACAGAUGUGUAGUAUGUUUUAUGUUAGUCAUAGUCAAAUCACUUUUAAAUUACACUUGUAGGUUUUGCCUCCAUUUUUUUUAGCAUUUUAAUUAUUUGAAGAUGGCUAAAUUGUUUUAAUUGAGAUUUUAUGUGAAAUGGAUAUGACUUUUUAAAUUUGACCUUUUAAUGUUUUUAGCUGGCUAUUUGUCAUUAUUGUCUUGGGAAAAUAAUGUACCCUGCCAUCACCUGUACUGAAGUGAGUAGCUCUGAACUACCCACACUAAUUUUCCAGUGUAAUUAGUUGUAAGAAAUAGCCAUUUUCUUCUGUCAAAAGGACAAUUUGUCCCCAUUUUUUUAAGCACCAGUGUUGCUUUCAAAACUUCUAAAUGAGAUAAUUGGCAGACUUUGGGUGUAGCAAAUUCUUAUUUAUCUUAAGUAAUACCUCAAAGCAGUCCAUUGUCAAAUUAAAUCUACAGCUGAUCACAAACCUUCAUUUCACCCCAACCUUUCUCCCUAAUUCAUAAUCCCUACUUACCAGACUUGCUAAUAAAUAACCAGAAAGAGGUGUGUGAAUAAAUAGUGAAAUUGCCAGAAGUGGUCAGCUGAUUGGGGGGGAGAAAAAAGGAUUCAAACUGGAAUAAUCUGCCCCUGAAUAAUUGACAGUUGACUGUACUUUACACAGUGAUUAGCCAGUCUGUUGUCUCUGUGUCUUAGUCCAGAGGGAAUAGUACCCAACUGGCCAUAUACUUACUGGCCCUUAGUAUUUCCUCCUUUUCUUGCAUGUGAUACAGACAUUUUUGGUCUCAUUUUUAUGAUCUCUAUAUCCUGACAGAGUUUGUCAUUGACUCAAACAUUGAAAGAACUGCUCACCAGUAUAAAAUAUUUGAUACUGGUGGAAACUUGUGUUUUGUGUUUUUAUGAAAAUGCAUUUAUGAGAAUAUGUAAUAUGAUAUAAAAAAGUGUUUUAUAUAUACAUAUAUAUAUAUAUACAUACACACACAUGCAUAUUUGUUAUGAAGUAUUAAAAACUGGGGCGGGGGGAGGUCCUUUGACGGCUAACAUUUCCCUUAUUGAACUGUUUCAUUGAGUUGUGGAUGACCAAGUCUGGGGUCUGAAUGACCAAUGAUAGGAUUUAGAACCACUUAAAAGGAAAGCAACUCUUCACUGGUUUUAUUCCUGAUAUUUUUAAAGAAUUAUUUUGAUAAUUUUAAUAGAAUGUGUAAUUUUAAAAUACACAAAAAAACUUAAAGUAGUAUUGAUUAUACAAAUGAUUAUUUAACAUGUUUUUGUGGAUGUAACUAUAUGUAUAUAGACAGUAAUAUAUUUAUAAAACAAAUAUACUUUAUGUUGUAGUUCUUUGUGGUAAGUGGGAAGAUGCUUCUGUGUGUGUGUGUGUGUGUGUGUGUGUGUGUUUUGAAAAGUCUACAGCCUUUUCUUGCCUGAUUUAAUGGCACUUACUUAAAGUAUAUUUGGUUUUGUUAUUCUUAAUUUCAACUUCCUUAUUCAAGAUAAGUAAGAUGUACAAUUUCUGGCCAUUCUGUUGGCAUGUGGCCCCUUCAUUUUAUUAUUCUGUAAUUCGUAAAGAGUGCCUGAUUGACCUGAAAUAAAACAGGUUAUGGCUAUAGAUAAUGCUUAUGUUCCAAAUAUUAGAAACAAAAAUUCAUCUGUGACGUUGAGCUUCCAGUUCACCAAUAAGACGAAGUAUAUAAACAAGAUAGAGUAAACACAUAUAUUAGAAUAAAAGAAAGCAGAGUGUUAAUAAAAGUAAAGAAGUUUGAGUUAUUUUAGUUUGGUCUAGGAAAAGUCCUGGAGCAAUUGUUGACAAACUUUUGUAGCAAACUUCUGUAACAAGGAUCAGAUAGUAAAUAAUUCAGAUUUUGCAAAUCAAUUGAUCUCCUGUGUGUGUGUGUGUGUGUGUGUGUGUGUGUGUGUCUGUGUCUGUCUGUCUGUCUCAGUGUCUCACAUGCUAGGCAAGUGCUCUACCACUGAGCUACAUACCCAAACCUCAAAUGGUCUCUUAAAGAAAAAACUGCUCACCUUCGUCUUAAAAGCAAAAACACAGCCAGGGACAAUACGGAAAUGAGAGUUGACUGUGUUCCAAUAAAACUUUAUUGACAAUAUGAAAAUGAGAGUUGGUUAUAUUCUAAUAAAAUUUAUUUACAGAAAUAGGCAGCAGGCCAGAUUUGCCCUGUGGGCCAUUCCUGGUCCCUGCCUUUGAAGGAGAAAAAAAGACAUUGUAAGUAGUAAAUCCUGAUAUAUGUUAAUAUUAGAAAUAAUUUAUUUCAACUGACAGAGAAAAUCAGAUAGUUAUCGAUGUUCUUCAAAAGAUGGUUGUGAGACAGUCAUAUUAAAGCACCUUGAUGCACUUGUUAAACUGUUCACACCAUUACUUAUUAGAUAUUUCUUGUGUUUAACUACACACAAACUAUAAAAAAGAUUUUAAUAGGUCUUAAAUUUUUUUCAUGAGCUUCAUAUUUCUUUUGAGAAAUGUGAGUUCUUUACCUAUCUUUUGUUUUUUAAUGGCCUCUUGGACCAAAAAAAAAAAAAAAAGAAAAAAGAAAAAUCUAUUGUAUUUUGAAAAUUAGCAUAUAAUAAGCUACACAUUUUUUAAAGACUGCAUUUAUCAGUUACAUUUUUUCUGUUUGGCUUCUAAUAAUUGACAUAUCUGUGCUUUAAAAAUGAUUUUAAAGAAGAUAGGCUGCAAUUUCACAUACUUUAGCUCUUCUCUGUAAAAUUAAAAACUGUGACUAGUAUAAGGAUAACUAUAAUGUGAAUGUUAUAAGUGACUAUAAGAAACUGUAUCUCUGCUCUUUCUGUCUAAAUGUUUAGAUUUUAGAUACCACAGGGUUGUCCAUGGUGAGUGAUAUUCUUAAUGUGAUCACACUGCUGGGUAUGCUCAUUCACAGUGCUUUAUUCAUGAUAUUUCAACAAAAACAUCAGAAGAAUAUUAAAUUGAUGUGAAAGUUACUGUUCACUUAAGUAGUUAUGCUUUCUUUUAAAAUUUGAAUACAAUUCUACCUUUAACAGUGUUUGUUGUUUUGUCUAUUUUUGUUUCUUUAAUGCUUUCUGUGAACUUAUUGUUCCUGUUAUAAUAGUACUGUUAUGUAUUAGAAGUGACUUUUUCUCUAAUAGUCUUUCAGAUUUAAAAACAAUUUAAGGCUUUCUGUUGACCAUUUGGCAGAAAAAAUAUGUCUGCAUGUUUUAAUUUAGUUAAAACUUGUAAAGUUUUACUUAAAUCAUGUUCUAAAUUUUCUUUUUGGGUAUUUCAGACAAACAACAAAAUGUUCACCAUUAAAGCCUUGGCCACCUGUUUUUCUAAAGCAGCUUAUGCCUCAAAGGAAAAAGACAUUGAAGAGCAAUGUUUUGUUUUUAUAAAGAAUAUGUUUUAGAUUUCCUUUGGUUUUUAAAUCAUAAAAUUAUAAAUUUUCUACCUUAUGUAAAAUGAUAAGAAACAUGCAAACUUCUGCAGACUUAGUGUUUUGUUGCAAGUGUACCAGGUUACUGAUCUUAUCUUUUUGUGGUUUUUUUUCCCCCUCCCAAACCAUAAUUGUAUGCUGACAGUAGAAUUCCCUAUUUGAUUCUGCAAACUUUUCUUACAGGAAAAGUUAAAGAAUAUGUUUAGAGCAACCAUUUGAUAAGCUCAUGUGAUUCUAUUUAUCACUGUCCUGUGUGUUUCUUUGAAAUGGAAUUUUUACAAUUCCAAAAGCAGUCUAGUAGAACUACUGGAAAUCCUUGCUAAACAUAUAUGAUUCUGCAACUGAGGGAGAGAAAUUGAAAUAUUCGUUUUUUCUUAUGGUGGUUUGUUUUGUUUAAUAAGAAAUUGGUCUCAUUUGGCAGCAUAGAUGCUAAUAAGUAAAAGCAUUAUCCUUCUCUAGUCCACGGCUUGCCUGUAUUCAGUGGUUAAUAACAUUAUGAGCAUUCUGUAGAGUAAGCUCAUGUUCAGUGUCAAUGUAAAUGUUAGAACCAAAUUAAUUCCUAUGAAAACUGAAAUUAAAUGUCAAAGAUGACUAGU